AUGAUUUGUUUUAUUUGUAAAAAAAAUUUCCAAGAUCUAUACACAUUAAUAAGGCAUUUUAAAUUAUUUCAUAAUUUAAAAACUAAUGACAAAAUCACGUGUUUAGAAGGAACAUGUUCUCAGUCGUUUCCCAAUCUAAGUAGUUUUAAGAAACAUGUACAGAAAAAACAUGAGAUUGAAGAAAAAUGUACUGUAAUUACUCAGAUAAGUUCAAUAUCUUCACAAAUUACUCAAGAAUCAAAAAAAAAUUACGCCAUUGAAAUAUGUCCAACUGAAACUGUUUAUGACAAUAUUCUAGCUAACCCUUCUAGUGGCAGCAGUGACAAUUUUAAUGUAAAUGAGCACUUGGAAAGUAUUAGAAAUACAGUUUUAAAUUUUACUUUAAGUCUUCACAACAUGAAUAAUUUUAGUAAGAAAGAUGUCUUUGUAAUUCAAAACAAUGUAACAGAAUUUAUUACAGAUUCUAUAAUUGGAUUUAUUCAAAAAUUACUCAUAAAUCGUAUCCAAAAUUUUGAAAAAAAUCAUUUGGACCUAAAUGAAAUUUUAAAUUUACUAAAAGAUCCAUUUAAAUUGUGUAAAACUGAGUUCAAGUUAAAUUCUUUAUUAACAGAAAAGGGACUAUUAGAAAAUAGCUCAAAAUGUAUCAUUAAAACUGGUGUUGUUCCUAUGAGCAGAAAAGGUGAAUUUUUUUAUGGUACUGAAACAAAGACCGGUUUAAUACUACCAUUAAGAUUUCAAUUUAGGGUAGCGUUCGAAAAUAUAUACAACUUAGAUAAAUGGUUAGAUUUUUUACAGGAUACAAAUAAUAAUAGUUUACUUUGUUGUUUUACCCAAGGAAAAUUAUGGCAAGAAAAGUUACAACUUUACAAGGACAAAAUUAUUUUACCAUACUUUUUAUAUGCAGACGACUUUGAGAUAAAUAAUCCUUUAGGAAGUCAAUCUAAUAGACAAGCCAUGACAGCAAUAUACUACUCAUUUCCGAUAUUUGGACUUGUAUUGGGAGAUAAUUUAGGUAUAAAUAGUAUUUUAGGGUUUACAACAAGUUUCAUUUCCAACUAUUUUUGUAGAUUUUGUAAAAUGCAUAAAAAGAAAUGCCAGGUAACUAAUAAAAUUGACGAAACCCUAUUGAGAAACAAAAGUAAUUACGAGAUCGAUAUUGCUUUAAAUGAUAUUUCUCAAACAGGGAUUAAGAACAGUUGUGCAUUAAACAAAAUUGAUUCAUUUCAUGUAGUAACUAAUUUUUCAGUUGAUGUUAUGCAUGACAUAUUUGAAGAAGAGGUUAAUAUUCGAAAACAAUGUUUUGAUUAUGGUCGUACAGAAAUAGGAAAUAUUUCUCCUGAAAUUGAAAAACACCAUCUACAUAAAUAUCAUUUAAAAAUGUCUGCAAGGGAAAUGAUGUGUUUUGUUCAUUUCUUCCCUCUGAUUUUGGGUGAUUUAGUACCAGAAAAUCAUGAGAUUUGGAUUUUUUUAAUAGAAUUUAUAGAAAUAAUUGAUAUUAUUUUAUCACACAGUAUUUCUACAGAAUAUUUAAAACGGUUAGAGCUUUUGGUUGGAAGGCACCUAAAUAUGUAUUGUCAACUUUUUCAAGACACCUUAAAACCGAAGCACCACUUUCUUCUACAUUAUCCAACAAUUAUUAAGUACUCUGGUCCUCCAAGGACUUAUUGGUGUUUUAUAUUCGAGUCGAAACAUAAAGAAUUUAAAAGAUACGCUAAUAUAAUAAAUUCAAGGAUUAAUAUUCCUCUUACAUUAGCUAAUAAAUAUCAGCUUAAAUUUGCUCAUCAAAUAAAUGAAGGUCUUUUAUACGAAGAUGAAUUUGUUUUUAUCAAUAAAAUUGAGUCUUGCUAUAAAGAAUUUGUCUUCAACAGCUUACAACAUCAAAAUAUUGAAUUUUUUAGUCAAGUAAAAUAUAUGGAUAUACUUUAUAAAAAAAAUGAUUAUUUUUCAAAAUUUCAUGAAAGUUUAUAUUUGUAUAAAAUUAUAGAAUUUGCUGUAACUUUGGAUAAAGAAGUUUAUGUUAUUUGUGAAGAAACUGAACCGGAUUAUGACUUACAUUUUUGUGCUUAUGAACUAAAAGAGGCAAGUGAAUGGUCUAAAAAAAUUAUUAAAUUUAAAAAUUAUGUUUCCGGGCCUCCCAUUCAUAUCAAUAAAAUUGUUAACUCUAGGAAAUUUAUAAGAUUAAAAGAAUACUUCUUGUAA